AUGAACACCUACAUCACCCGAAAGACUGAGGUGUACCAUCGUGCUCGGCAAGCCUUAGCUCGAGUACAGAAGUUCUAUGGUCAGAGGAUGACUUCUCUCUACAGCGAGUUUCUCGUGAACUCCGACUUCAGUGGCCGGAUGAAGAACUCCGGCGGCAUGACCAGAACUCCCGACAUGCCGGUUUUUGGGCUGAUGAUGGGGGGUGACUAUGAGCCGGACUUCAUCGAUUACCAGGAGGAAGCAUGGGAG